AUGGAGGACGAGGAACUUGGUACGACAAAUACAUCUAAUUUAACUUGCCCAAUGAAUUUGGAGGAGGUGAAAAAACAUGAUAUUGAUAAUCCAGAGAAAGUAUUAGUUAAAGGGCAGUCUGUCGGGGAAGAGAAUACCACAAUAACAAUGGAGAAAGACAAUGCGGAGAAACUUAAAUCUCAGCAGGCUAUUGGGGAAGAGCCAAAUAGGGAUGCAGGUGAGUCUCCAGAAGAAGCUGUAUGUUUGGAGAAUUCAAACAUAUCAAAUUCAAAUAUUGGAAGUACACUAAAGAGUGAGAAACUGGGCGAAAAUAAAGAGAGCACAAAAAUGGAGGAUACUCCUUGCUCUGGGAGUGAGAAUAAAAACAAGCAUCUCUCUAAGAUAGACUUCUCUGUCUUUGAAGAAGGUUUAUACAGACGUUACAAAUCAUUUUUCCACGAUAAGCAAGCCAAUGAAAUCGAUUUGUCCCAGGACAAGAUUACAGUUUCCAAGAAAAUUAAUGAACAUUUUAGUGGUUUUGAAAUUAACCCUGUUGAUGUUAUUCGGACUUUUUUGGUUUUAAGAAAAAACUCAGAGCAUUCGCAUGGACAUUUUGUGAUGUCACCAGCACAAUCUCCUGAACCAAAUAUACAUCCAUCCUCCGAGGGAAAUACUAGAGGGAGAAGAUGCGCUAAUAAGGACAUUGGAAGUGUAGGUAACGAUGCAAAUAACACAGAAGCUAAUGCAAACGGUGCGAACUCCUAUAAAGGUGAAUACAAAUCAGAAAAUUCUUCUAUUGCGGAUAACCAUGCAGAAAUUGGAGUGUCCACAAGAAAUAGUAGAAAAGGACGCGUUUCUAAUCGUGGAAGAAGGUAG